AGCAUUCACGUUUGGUCAGGGCACAAGAGCGCGUCCCCUCCACUCUUGCUCUCUUCCCUUGUCUCGCAGAAUUUUUUGUCUCAUUAAAAAUAUUUUUGUCAUUUUAAUUUUGACAGUUUAAUCGUUUUGUCCUUUAAAUUCGAAAUUUCAUCAAACAAUUUUUGACCGGUGUGCUGUUUUGUGAAACAUUUUGUAUCAAAUAGUUCUCCUGUUCGGAAGCCAUCCACCCUUGUCUACUUCCCCUCGUCCCCCCACCCUUCACACACCAGCCCGCUAGGAAGCAGGAAAGAUGUCGAACGACGAGAAAACCACCGUUGCUCCGGUUGAAGACCAGCAGGUUAAUAACAAAGAGGUGGAAGAGAAACACCUAAUCGAAGAACAGGCCAAGAACACGGAGGCCAACAUUGAUAACGGAAAGACGCAACAGGUCGAAGCCACGACCGACGCCGUCAAGGAAGCGACGCCGAGCGCCCCGGCUUCUUCAAAGCCACUGAAACCGGCCGCCCAUAAAGUCGACUUUGAAAAUAAUGUAGUCUAUCUCUACCAGUUCUCCCGCACGAAAAACAUCCCGUCUCCAUCGCCGUUCUGUCUUAAAGUCGAAACAUGGCUCCGCAUGGCUGGUAUCAAGUACGAGAAUGUGGACCACAAGAUGAAGUUCCGCUCGACCAAGGGCCAGCUGCCGUUCGUGGAAUUCAACGGUGUUGAGAUCGCCGAUAGUGCCGUCAUAAUCAAGGAACUUGGUGGCAGCUUCAAUACUGAUAUGGACGCUCAUUUGACUUCAGAACAACGUAACGUUGUACAUGCUACAAUCACAAUGCUCGAAAAUCAUUACCAUUGGAUUGAUGUUUGGUGGCGCACCAAGAAUCCGGAUGCCAUGCUUCAAGGGUAUAAGAUUGACCUGCAGCAUAUGGUUGGAUCGAAAUUGCCCAUGGGCUUGUUGAAGUUCUACUACCGUUUCUCCUUCAGACGUCGGGGUAUGAAGAAAGUCCGUGCCACUGGUAUCGGUGUCCACUCGCCGGAAGAGAUCAUAAAGAUGGGAAAAGACGACCUAAAGGUGCUGGCUGAUAUGCUUGGUGAUAAAACUUUCUUCUUUGGCGACGAGCCUACCACGCUUGACGUCGUGGUUUUCGCCAACGUCGCUCAAUUAGUCGUCGUUGACAAGGAAAUUGCUCAUCCUUUACGAGACUGGAUCUUGGAAGAAGGCAAGAACCUUGUCCAACACUUCGAAAAGAUCAAGGAGAAAUAUUACCCCGACUGGCAAGAGAUGUGCGAUACGUUGGAUAUGAACACACACAUCCCCAAGCCUGUCAUAGAAGAGAAGGAACCCGAGAAGAUCGAACAGAAGGAAGAGGACAAGAAAGAGGAAGACAAGGAGAAGGUUGAAGAUGAGAAGGAGAAAGAAAAGGAGGCUGACGAAAAGGCGACGGCGACGGAAACGGAUGAGAAGCCGAAGGAAACCAAGUGAAAAGUCUAAAAGACGCAAUUUUUUAUCCAGAUGAUAAACAUCCGUUUAUUCCUUUUGCCGAGCGGUCAAGGGGGACGCAUUAUCCGUUUUUCAUUUUUAGCUACUCUUUUUCAUCCCACCAUUUUAAUUCUUUUCCUUUUUGUUUUUUAUAUCACGGACUUUUUUCGUAUUAGAAUUAAAAUCUUCCAUUAAAAAAGGAACUAAUGUAAACGAAAGUGAAAGAUAAGGGGACGUUCGUUGUAUUCAAGCCACGUUUUGUUUUAGAUGUGACGUUGGUUAACUAAUUUAAUGGUUUUCCCAUUGACUCCCCGCUCUCCUGCUGCCCUUCAUUCUCUUCAUUACCAAAAUCUUCUGAAGGAUUCUUUUUUUCUCUUCGUUUAGCGUCUGUAAAACAAUAGUCUCAUUUUUUUUCUUUAUUUUUUUCUUUUAAAAUAAGUUUUAAGUCACGCACUCAAACCAACAAAGAUCAAUAUUCGUGUCGACAUGUGGUUUUCUUGUUAUUUUUUUUUUUUCUCCGAGUUAGCAGACGUGAUGAUUUAGGUAACUUUUUUGAUUUUUUUUUUCUUGGACCGUUUGAAACCAGAGACCCGAGCUGAAUGUGACUAAGGGGGAGGGGGAAAAUGCUUUCAAAUUUUGUCUCCUUUAAAGAAUUCCUAUUAUUCGCACAACUUCGAUGGGCUUCUGAUAAGUGUCUAAUACCAAUGCUCUGUGUGUACGUGUGUGUGUUUGACCAAAAUUUGCAUUGCCAGAAAUUGUCCUGCCCGUUUUUGGAGAUUUCUAACCUUUAAAAAAAAAAGAAAAAAAAAUUAUUUCCUACUUCUAAGAUAAAGCUUCUGGUUGUAUUCACCAUCUACUAUACCGCUCAUGUUCUUGCCACGCACGUUUGAUAGAACACGCGUGCCGAGUCGUCUGAUAAACAUCAAUCAAUUGGCUUGUCGUUUGAUGUCAUUGUCUCCCCUUCCCCUUCAUUGAUUACAGAGAAAAACCAUGUCUUCGACAAGAAUACUCAAAUAAAAGAAAAUCCAAUCUUUAAAA